UGUACACAGGAUGUUGAGGAUGAUUCUAAAAUUUUCAUACACAUUUACAUAUUGCUAAUGUUUGAAGUGACGAAUGCAAUUUGUAUUAUAGAAUAUUAAUUAAAAUGAACCCAGGUAACUUUCCACCAAAUCCCUAUGGCAACGGUGCCGGAGGUCCACCAAUUACUUAUAGUAACGCACCUGUAAUGUACUCUGGAAACUACAGAUCACAAAGGCCAAGAUUUGAUACAAGUUCUGGAGGAGGAGGCCCAAGGUUUCAACAAAAUGAUCAAGGAUUUAGGAGUCCCCAAGCAUAUAAAAAUAAUGGCAACAAUGGCAGACAAGGUUUUAUACCUUUAGGAAGAUCUCCUAGACCUUUUAGUCCUGGAAAUUACAAUAGUCCCGGAGCUAGCCCAAGACAUUCUAGCCCGUAUCAUCAGAAUAGUCCUCAAUGGAAAUCUUGUCCUAUGGGACGGGGUGGUCAUAAUAAUUUUGGUGCAAACAAAGACUGUAACCCCGGGGGCAGUGAUGACAUCAGAGAAUAUUACCACCCUUCAAUGACUCAGGACCCUUGGAUAACCUGUAGACCAGUUCCAGUAAAGCAUAAACCUGGCACAACAAUAUAGCAGAUCAGAUAUAGUUUCUAAAACAUCGUCUUUUAAUAGGCUAGUGAUACAGUAUAAACAAGAAAUAUCAUCAUCGUACAAAUAUGUGUCUAAAAAUGACAUGUUACAGUGAAACCUCUCCUUGUGAUAGGAUUUACUUAUAGUAGACCAAGAAAUACUGAGUACUUUCUUAGUUUCUGGAAUGUGUACAUAAUAAUUUGAUAGCAAAAGAGUAACACACCUAGUGUGAAACCUUUUGACUGAAUUUUACUGCACAAAUUCCUGCAGCGUUUAUUUUGAAAAGUUGAAGAAAGUAUCAUAAAGUGCACUCUGGGAUUAUAACCAGAUGUCAACAUUUAUUUUGAACGGUUGGAGCAAGGAUUUUUUUAUUUUCAUUUCUUUGGAUUGCUUCAUUGUCUUCAUCUUAUGCUGAUGGGCAUACUUGGAGUGUUUGGAUAGGUGCGACAGUAACCUUGUCAUCCAAAUUCCGAGAAAACUGCUGACUAGUUCAACUUGGAAUUUUUACAGAUGCGAAAGCAGAGCAAACCA